CUUCCUUGUCUCUCAUUUAAUCUUUCCUUUUCCUACAUGGAAAUCAUUAUCUCUCUCUGCACUUUCCUUCUUGGUUUGGGCUUUGGCAAUUGUUCUAGUUGUUUUCCGGUCUCUGUUCUCGUUUGUGGGUGUGACGUCAUUGUCGUUAAUCUUCUAUUGUCAACUGUCUGCUCAAUUCUGUGUUGCAUUUUCUGCUUUCAAAGUUAUCUAUCUGUUAUUGAUUCUCAUUUUGCACAGAAGGGUUCAAUUCUGUACGGAUGCUUGCGUUGUUUGGACUGUGUUAAGAGGAUGGGGGAUCAUUUUGUGUUGUUGGUGGAUCGAUUGAUCACUGAAGCUUCCCUUGAAGAUGCUAUAGAGAGCAAAUAUCUGUUGCAGCACCCAACACAGAUAGCUAGCCACAAUAAUAUGGAUUCUUCCCAUAAAAUAGACGUGAAUACCCAGUCAUCUGCUAGAAACUUUGUAGAAUGUAGGAUUUGCCACGAUGAGGAUGAUGACUCAAACAUGGAAGCACCAUGUUCUUGCUGUGGUAGCUUGAAGUACGCUCACCGUAAGUGUGUUCAGAGGUGGUGCAACGAGAAGGGUGAUACAAUAUGUGAGAUUUGCCGCCAGCAAUUCAAGCCAGAUUAUACGGCACCACCUCCUCUAUUUCAUUACGGUGGUAUUCCAAUGAACUUCCGGGGGAAUUGGGAGAUUUCUAGAAGAGACUUGCAGAAUCCUGGAUUCCUAGCAAUGGUUACUACUGAUCUUGAGUACAUGAAUAACGACCUUGAUGUUGAAUAUUCAGCUCCCUCUUCGAGAAGCUUGCUAUGCUGCCGUAUAGUUGCUAUAACUUUUAUGGUUCUUCUGGUUUUACGCCAUAUGCUUCCAGUCAUAAUUAGUGGAGCUGGAGAGUACUCAUUGACACUGUUCACAUUAAUGAUGUUGAGAACAAUUGGGAUUCUUUUUCCAAUUUAUAUCUUGGUUAGAGCAUUCACUGCUAUCCAACGUCGACGACAACAACAGAAUCCCAGUUAAGAGGAUUCUCGAAUUUCUCUUGGUGCAUCAGAUGAAGAAAAUGACUUGGCAUAUCCGUCACGUUUUAUUCAAAUUCAAUAGCUGAUCUUUCACCUUCUUCCCUGGAGGCUGAAAAGAUCUCAACAAUCAUGACCUGCAAUAUAAGGAUGCAGAUGAAAACAGUGGAUGAAGAUACAUAUUGCCGUUGUUAUUUUGGGACAAUGUGCUAGAAGCAUCAAUCAUGAGCAAACCCUUUGGUUAUGAUUACUGCAUAUGGCAUACAGCAGUAUAUAAAUAUGUAUAUACAACUACAAAUUGGAUAUAAUGAAAGAAAAAAUUAUGACUACAAA